UGGCUGGCUGCAAAGAAACGGGACAGAUGUCUUCCGCCAGUGUAAAAGAGGAGUCUUGAAUGCAAAUAGCCAGACAUUACUGCCUGGAUGCAGUGACUGAAGCAGUCUACAACUCCAGCAUCUGGGAAAACACAAUGAUUGUGGUCCGUGGAUAUGAUGUAAGCUAACCAAACCCUUCAAUCGUGAAGGAUAUAGUGACACUUUGAGCGCAUUGGUGGAAAGGAUGGUUUAAUGAGUCCAAUGAAAUGAAAAAUGGAAGCUACUAAGACAGAUUUGCGUCUGUUACUGGAAUGUCUGAAAUACCAGAUGAAAUGGCCUGGCUCACAGAAACAAGCUCUUCUCACUAUCAUCUCAAUCUGCAAACAAAAUGAUCAGUAUGUGGAGUUCUUCAGAGAGAUUGGAGGAAUUUCCUUCAUCUAUAACCUGUCAAAGUCCAGCACUUUCUCUCAGGUUAAAGAGACCGCUCUAUUUACACUUGCAUCCUUAGCUGAAUUGCAAGAGAGCUGUAAACAGACACUGUGCAGAGAGGAGACGUUUCGUGACUUAGCACAGCAUCUGGAACAAAAAAUGCCACUUACGGAGAAAAGAGUAGCGGUGUACAUGGUGUCUGUAUUGGUUGCCAACAACAGAUGUGGACAGACUCUUGCUAAGACCUCCAGAUGUAUCGAAACCUUGCUCAAUUUGUUCAGGCAUAGUUUUCCAGAUCCCAAUGACUCUUUUGAGCAGCUACAGUUGUGGGCCACUGUGUCUAGUGCUCUCUGUGGCUCUGUCAACAACCCUCAGAAUGAGGAGAAUCAGAACUUAUGUAUGCAUGUGUUUCCCCUGGUGAAGACCUGGCUGCAGGAAGUGGCAUUGCCCAGGGCAGAUUUGGCACAGCCUAUAUGCUCAUUUAUUGGCAUGACUGUGGCAAACAACCCUUGUGCUCAGGAGUAUUUUGUGUCAGUGGGAGGCCUGAGUUCACUCUCAGACACUCUUACCAGAGUUUUGUCUCAGUCUGUACACAGUGCUGCUGCUUGUAAGAUGGCAACGGUUAUCACUAAAACACUCUCGGCCUGCAUCUCAAACAAUGAGCAGUUGGUAUCUUCUUUAUCAGAGUUGAGGGUUAUUCCAGGGCUGUUGUGUCUGUUGUCCAGCCCAAACCUUGACCAACAAGACCGGCUCGCCGUGGUGCUGACGAUUGGACACCUCACGGAUGCCUGUGUAGAGCACCAAUCUCAGUUGUUGUCGGCUGGAGGUUUGCCAAUUAUGAUUUCGCUGCUCACUGAGGCCAGUGAUGAAGAGGUCAGAAAGGCAGCUGUGUUUGUACUGCACACCUGCAAAAGAAUCACUGAAUCAUUAGGCGGAGACAUGUCCAGUAUGGAUCUGCAGGAGAGUGACAAAGAGAGACACUUGCGUUCAGCUGGAGAAAUCCUCCAGAGAAUACAGCAUCUAGAGAAAAAGAUGGGUGUGAAACUGUGGGAAAGAGCCAUUGAAAGCCAGCAGCACAGCAUGCAGAGGUCGGCCUCAUCUGUGGAAUGUAAUGAGGCAAUGUGGGAGGGCCCUGUGAUGCAAAAGGUCAAAGUUCAUCAUCGAGUAUGUGAGUCUCCUGCAGGAACUCUUGAACAUCCAAUGACAAAUGAAAUACCGUACGACCAAGAGAGCUUGCAGUGUGUCAGCUCUGAAGAGUGUUUGAGUCCUGCCCAAGUCACUCACUUCAGAGGCUCUAGCUGGGGACAGAGCAAAGAAAGAGAGCAUGAACAAAUGAGAGAGAAUGAGAGGAAUAUUGAGAGGAGUGACAACCAGGAGACGAGGAGAGAGAGAGUUGUGAAAAAGAGAGACAUGGAGUGGAAAAUGAAGUCUGAAAGAGUGGCGAAGAGAUUAAAGAUGAUGAAUUUGGACUCAGAUCUUGAUGGCAACAAACGUCUCCAGCACUGCAGCACGCCAACAAGGGGCGGCAGAGAUACACGGGGCCCAGAUAUUUUCAGACAUCCUGAUCCCAUGAAGAGAAACCAGUGCACGCAACCUCUCUCAGAUGAUGAGAUGUCGCUGUGCUCUGAGCUGUUAGACAGAGAAAUUAACAGGUUUCUGAAGCCGCCCUCUCCCACUAAACCCAGCAAUCUACGCUGUGCAGGUUGUGUGAAACAUAUGAAUGAGAUGGACAGUCGUUCAUUUGGCGCCGUGUUGCGUAGCUGCAGGUUUCAGUGUGACUUUCACCUGGUGCUACAAGAGGUUGAGGAUCGAUUCAGGAGAAGCCAGCAGUUAGAGAAGACUAGCCACAAUUUAACACAUGCUCAUAUCAACACACACGGCAAAAACAGAGAGCAAAGCACAUGCACUAAUGGGGAUAAUAAGAGGAGCAAGAGGGAAAAACACAGACUGAGUCACCAACCAUCAGACGGAUGUUUUAGGCUCACACCACUGAGAAGGCCGUGUGAAACAAACGGCCCAGAAAUGGAAAAGAACAUGCAUCACAUACAUAAGAAGAAAACCUCAGAAUACUGGCUCCCAAAAAAUUCUUCAGGCAGACACCGAGAGAGGCAGAACUGGUCUGCUGAUGAGUUGCGCUAUCUCAAAAUGGGUGUGAAAAGGUUUGGCCACUCCUGGAACUCCAUCCUCUGGACGUAUCCCUUCCAGCCCAGUCGCACCAAUAAAGCCAAAACACAGGGUGUAGAUCUGUCUGGUGCAGGAGAUGGAUAAAAACAUCACCAGAUAAUCUCAAAAUGGACAAAUUUUCUGCCAUCUAAUCUAUAACGAUUUUUCACUAUUUACGUUCUGUCUUAUUUAAUAGAGUAAUAUAUUGGAUGUUUUUGAAUUGUUUAGAAUUGCCCUUAUUUUGCUAUAUAACAAGGUGAUGUGUUAGAAAAUAACAUUGUUUGUACUAAAGAGAUAUGGAAAAAGAAGAAAAGAUUUUGUUUCUUAUAAAGUUGUAUUUUCCCUUAGGGUAACAGUUACCUGUUUAUUUGUUUUCAGUCAAAUCCACUUGAUUUGCAUGGCAGGCACAUAUUUGUAUAAAGUUUACAUUGUGCAACUGUU